AUGGCAUUGCAGCCUCGCCACCCGCCCACACUAGGGUUCGGCCAAGCACAAGCUCCCUAUUUAAGUCUUGAGAUCACGCACCGUAUUAUCAGUUGUGUUUGGUACUCCGAGAUGAUCCCUGCUUCACAAACCACAAAGUCCUUCAGGUGCCACGUGUGCGGCAAAGUGUUCGGUCAAAAGGGCCAUCUGCUGAUUCACAAGAAUGUCCACGCGGAGGUGAGGCCCUUCGGAUGCGACACCUGCGGCAGGCGCUUCACUCAGAAGGGGAACCUCCUUCGGCACUCGCUGUUGCACACCAACGAAAAGCCCUUCGGAUGCGGCAUCUGCAGGAAGUUCUUCGUGCAAAAGGCUCAUUUGGUGAAGCACGUCGUGGUGCACAGGCAGAGGCUGGCUGCCCUUAGAAGUAGUCGGUGGAGGGAGGCGUCCGAGCGAUGGUCUUCCGCUGAGGCCAAGGAGACCUCCCUCAGGUGCAAGGUCUGCGGAUUGCAGUUCAGGCGGAUCUUCAAGCUGAUGGAACACCUGAAGGUCCAGCAUAUUCUCGGAAGGGAAAGGAAAUAG